AUGGCUAUGAUGGCUACGGGAACUGGCAACACGUACGACGACGAUCAUGCGGUGCUCGACGAUGACUUCCUGAACGACGACAUUGAGCCAGACGAGCCAGCAAUAGAAUCAGAUCGAGCACCAUUGACAGGAAACAUCCAAUCCUCGUCCUCAUCCUCACAACGACCACUAAACCAGAACUAUCUAACAUCGCAAAUACCUGGCGAAGACAGACGAGCACCACAGAACACAAUUGAUGAAAGCGUGUGGGAUACUGUAUCGCGAGACCUGUUUGCAGUAUGGGAGAAGAUGAAGCAGGUGCUGUGGCCGAAAUACCUGUUGGGAGGCAUGCUACAGCGCAGUGGAACAGGCACAGCUGAUGUCGAGAACCAAGGCUUUGGAAGAGAUUUAAGAGGCUUGGUGGGAAGAUGGCCAGACGCCGAGGGUCUUCUGCAAGGUGCGAUGAGUGAAGGACUAAGAGACUGGGAUUUAUGGGGACCUCUUGUUUUCUGUCUUCUACUGAGCCUAUUCCUUUCUAUGAGAGCCGCGAAGGAUCAGAAAGAUCUCGUCUUUUCUGGUGUCUUCACCUUGAUAUGGCUGGGUGAGGCUGUGGUCGCGCUGCAAAUCAAGCUGUUAGGUGGUAAUAUAUCUUUCAUGCAGUCUGUCUCGAUCCUGGGCUACACUAUCUUCCCACUGGUCAUCGCAUCCCUGCUGAGCGCGGUCGGAUUGUUCAUGAUCGCAAGGAUACCAAUAUACAUUGUGCUGGUGGCCUGGUCACUGGCGGCAGGGGUCAGCAUCCUGGGAGGCUCAGGAGUAGUCAAAAAUAGGGUUGCGCUGGCUAUAUAUCCUAUGCUCGUGUUUUAUAUAGUCGUCGGCUCGAUAUGCUUUGUGAGCUAG